AUGUCAGGCGCAGUAGCCGUAAAGCAGGCUUUCCUCUCCUCGCCCCAGUUCGCCGUCGUCGGCGCGUCCAAGGAUCCCUCCAAGUACGGCACCAAGGUCCUCCAAUGGUAUUUGGAACGAGAGAAGACCGUCACGCCCGUCCAUCCUAAAGAGAACGAGAUCCAGGGCGUUCAGACCAUCCGUUCCCUCGAAGAGCUCCCAGACCCCGCACACACUUCCAUCAGCAUCGUCACCCCUGCCAAGGUCACCCUCGGCCUCCUCGAGCAAGCCAAGAAGCUCAACGUCCCCGCUGUCUGGCUCCAGCCCGGCGCAGAAGACGACGCCGUCAUCGCCUACAUCAACGAAAAUGGCCUCGCGGACAGGACCAUCUACGGCGGCCCCUGCAUCCUCGUGGAGGGCGAUGGUAUUCUGAAGAGCGUACUGUGA